CCGUUGAAUGAUAAAAUCCACAGUCGACAACAAUUAUUUCAUUGCAGAAAAGUAACAGACAAAAAGGAUCCUAGAAAUUGCUAACGUAGAACCAGAACAAGCUCUCUCUCUCUCUCUCUCUCUCUCUGUUGUUUGAUCGCGUGAAGCUCUAUCUUCUCCGUUACUGAGUUCAAAGGCAAUGAGUCAGGAAUCGUUCAUAUACAGCUUCGUGGCCCGAGGUACCGUGGUCUUGGCAGAGUACACGGAGUUCACUGGCAACUUCCCAGCGAUUGCGGCUCAGUGCCUUCAGAGACUCCCUUCCUCCAACAAGAAGUUCAUCUACACCUGCGACGGCCAUACCUUCAAUUUUCUCGUCGAGGAUGGUUAUGCUUAUUGCGUUGUUGCCAAAGAAUCUCUUGGCAAGCAGAUAUCUGUUGCAUUCUUGGAACGGGUGAAGGCAGACUUUAAGAAAAGAUAUGGGGGUGGUAAAGCAGAUACAGCUAUGGCCAAAAGCCUUAACAAGGAGUUUGGACCAAUCAUGAAAGAGCACAUGAAGUAUAUUGUUGACCAUGCUGCUGAAGAGAUUGACAAGUUGGCAAAACUGAAGGCUCAAGUUUCAGAAGUUAAAAGCAUCAUGUUAGACAAUGUUGAUCAGACUAUUAAAAGAGGGGAACACAUAACUAGUAUUGCUGACAAGGCUGAAGACCUACGUGAUCAGGCUCAACGAUACAAAGUAAUGGGAACACAAAUUAAACGGAAGAUGUGGUAUCAAAACAUGAAAAUAAAGUUGGUGGUUCUUGGAAUCUUAUUACUUCUGGUUCUGAUAAUCUGGCUCUCUAUUUGCCAUGGAUUUGACUGCACCAACUAGUAGAAAUUCUUCAGUGCACAGCAAUGGAAAAAAAGAACAAAAUCAUUAGGCGCUUUUGACUCAACAAUUGGUGUGAAUGAAACAAUCUUCUGUAAUUGGAUAUAUCUGCAAAAUCAGAAGUGAAAUUGUGCUCAGAAGGAUAGUCCAGAAAUUCUUUGCUAGUUGGAGAGUAGAUCUUUUUUGUUUUUGUUUUGUGUGUGUGUGUGUUGAGAGAGAGAGAGAGAGAGAGAGAGAGAGGUAUGUCAAUGAUGUCAUGGUCGGUCUUGUAAAAUAAUACAAUGAUAUGUUGUUUUCGAUUCUAAUAUAGCAAUAAUUUGUGGUA